GGCACGCUCUCUGCGCAACGGCAGUGAAAUCAUCUGGCGACGUUCUGCUUUUGUUUGUCAAUAAGUUGUGUGGUGUGCGAGAUCGCGAAGCGAAAAGUGGAAUGACGAGAAUGAUUCCACAGACCAGUGUGUAAAAUGUUUUAGACACAGACACAGGAAAAUGGUGCUGUCAAUGUGAAUUUUCCGCAAAUUCGUUUAUCGUGAAUAGUGACAAAUUAGUGGAGUGUUUUAGCUGCUGUUACCCAUCGCAGCGAAGCUGGUGAAUGAGAAACGCAAAAAGAGCUCUGUGUGCCUCCGUUACGAAGCUAGUGGAAAGCGUCAACGACGAUGGCUGUGUUGAACGCGUUGUUCACCAAACUUCUGCAAUUGGCGAAGAGAAGGGCGGACCACGACGUUGUUCGUCCUCCUUCACGCGAAGAAAACAUUUCCAAAGCUCUGGGUAAAGUGGAGCCAUACGUCGUCUGGCUUCAAAGCAUCAUGAUCUGGGAAAAUCCAGUCCACACACUUGUGGCUUAUUUUUGCUUCAAUAUCCUGUUCUGGCUAGUUGUUAGCUUAGACCUCCGGUUUUAUUUCCUGUUCUUCAGUACAACUUUGGUUGUGCUGAUUUAUGAAAUGUGGGUGGACAAAGUGUGGCCCGAAAUUCGCGUUCCCCAGCCUGCAGAGCAGGGGGACAACGAAGGCUGGACCCCUCUUCAUCCAGGUGUUCUGAGUGCUCCUGAACUCAGUCACUAUCUGAACAAAGUGAUGCAAUUUUCACACAAUCAGUAUUUAAGACUUCAAAAUUUAAGGAACAACCAGCCAGGGCAUUUUUGUGCCCUUGUCUCAAUUGGUUGUUUAUUGCUUAUGUGGAUUGGAAGAACCAUCUCAGGAACCAUGCUACUUUACAUUAUUUUUAUGACCCUGCUCCUUCUCCCUGGACUCUGCAUUCAUUUUUUACCUUCUGCAUCCCAGCUUGAUUGGCACAUACCCUCACAGAGUGGUGAAUCCAAAGAUCAUGAAAGUGAUGUGGAUGAAUAUCUUCCUGAGCAAAGUGGCACAAACAUGGUGUUAUUGCAGAGGGCGGUGGAGCCUGACCACUCAGAUCAUGAAGAUGACGAUGAUUUUAAUAUUCCACCAACAGAACUACUACAUAUAGAUGAUAUGACAGAUUCAGGUGCGCCAUCACUUACUUUUAUCAGUGGCAUUACAGCUAUGCCUGCACAUGAAGACUUAAGCCUUGAUGGCACUGACUUCAGUUUGGAAAUUUCUCUUGGGAACAAAGUAGCUGGACAGUCUAAGAAACAGAACCAAAAUUCAUCGCCCCUUGACAUUGAUCCACACAGCUCAGACAGUGAUGAAAGUAUUUCUCUGCCAGAAAAUGAAAGUGCAGGUAUUCAUUUCCAAACCCGUCACUUCAAAGGAGACAGUUCGUCAGAGGAAGAAAAUCAAUCAACAAGAAGGAGUGAGGAGAAAAUGCAAUGUGCGUCACGCAAGAGUUCUAGUGGAGCUGUAGUUGAUGCAGCAGCUGCUGUCCUCUCGUAUUCCUCGGCAGGAGCACUUAAUCUUGCUUCGGUGGGCCAAAGCCUCAUAUCAUCAGUUAUUAGUAGUGCAGCUCCAAAGAAAAGUGGACGCUCUACCACUGUGAAAGAAGUUGAAGAAGACGAUUCUCUUUCAGAUACGGAUGGCUUUGAAAUGAUAUCUGAAGAAGAGUUUGCUAAUUUGUGAAGUGCUACAAGCAAGCAGGGUCCACUGGAAAACUACUUGCUUAUAAUUUGUGUUAAUGUGUAGCUUUCAAUAAGCUCAUGAUACUUUACUUUAGUCUGCAUAAUUUAUUUUAAUAUUAUCCUGUAGUUGAAUUUUGAUUAUUUUGUAGUCUCUCUUUUCUUUGACCUGUGAUGAACUGAUACAAAGUAUCUCAUAAGGUUUUGUUUCAGUCAAUUUUAUUUUUCUCUGUUGAUUUCUUUUCAGAUUAACUCAAUGUUUGCAUUGUAUUUUUUAAUCUAUCAAUUGGUGCACAUAGAAUAUAAAUUCUAUUGAGAAUCAUGGAAUAGUUUCAGGUUCUGGCUCAGUACAGUUCCCUCCCAAAGUGCUCUGUUAGAUAUGUUUUCUCUUGAGCAUUCUUUGUUUCAAUGAUAAUCUUGGCUUUUAUUCACAUUUACGACUACAUGUGACGGUAUUGGAAAAUACAUCAAUCUUAUCGUUGUUGUCUUACCUCUUUAUACUUUAAAAGAGGGAAGUUUAAUUGAAAAAAAAAACUGGGUAAAAAAAAAUAAUAUAAAUGAAUAAGACACAAAAACAAAUGCAUCUUGUUAUUGGGAUUGUAUGAUGGUUAUAUGGAAUUUCCUUGUCUAUAUUUGAAUAGUUAUAGAUCAGAAACAACACACCAGUGAGGUAUAAAAAAGUGAUUGAAAAAAGUAUUCAGUGUAUCAUGAUAACAUAGCGGUAUGUCAUAGUAUGAUGUAAUUUUCAUAAUUUUUGCUCUUGUCCCACUUGGGUGCCACUCAAUAAUAUGCGCUACAUUGCUGUAUUUGGUUUUGAUUUUUAUUCAUGACAAUAAUUUAAAUGUUUUUUUGUUUUUUUUUCAUUUUUGGAAGCAAUGUAAGUAUCACCACUCCUUGUGACUUAAAUAGUUAAAUUUUGAUGGGUUAGGGAAGAGUUGGUUUAAUUAGGGAGAAGAUAUUACAUUGUGUACCUGGAAUAGAAUGUGUGAGAUUGUCUCAUCGAAAUCCAUCAUUACUACCACCUGCAAGCAACAAUAAUUUGUGAGGUACAGUUGUCCUGCAUUUGCGGGAAGAUUUUUCAUUCUGCUCCCUGUUUUUUUUCGUUUUUUUUUUUCAACUAUAUAAGUUUGUAACGUGUUUCUUUUUUUUUCUUUUCCUGAAGGUGAGAUUUGAUUUCUGUGAUAGAAAAUAGGUAGAUUUAUUCUUCAUUGUAGUUGCUGUUAGUAACAUAAUAGUUUUAUACCCAUCUUACCUUGGAUGUGUUUUACAAAAAGUCUAAUCUUGAUCAGCCCAAACUGAUUGUGCAGGGCAGUGCAGUGCGAGUGGCAGUAUUUUUUGUGUGAAUGUUAAAAAUAUUGAGGUAAAAUGUUUUUCCAUAACUCAAAUCUCUUUAAAAACGAAAAAAAUAAAAAAAACAAUAAUUUGCAGAUUCUGUGAUCUAUGGUGCAAGGCGUGCAUUUUGAUAAGUCCUUGGCAUUUCUGUCCUUGGCAUCACAAUGUUGAGAAGCUCUUCUGCCAUUGUCCUGCUUUGCAUUUUCCAUCAUAUUUUGCUGUAUACCCUUCUAAAACAUAGACACAUGUGUUAAGUUUUCAUUUCUGUGCUUUAAUUUGCUUUCUACUCAAUGCAAUUGCAUCAUACAGUUGAAUUAUGGGAAAUUAAAAUGCUGUGUUUUGCUUCUAUGCCAGUGUUUCUGGUUUUAAGUGUUGGAAAACCUCAUUUUAUAAUGUUGUGGACUGUCACAUAAAACUUUAGCUUUUCGUUCUUUUAAUUUGUUGUGGUAAACCAUGAGUGUAAAUCAAUAACAAUUUUUAAAAUAUAAAGAAAAGAGGGUUAACUGGUGAAAGUUUUCCAAAAUGAUACAUCAGUUUCACCAUCAUACACAAAUGGUUUGGUCUUAAAAACUCAGUGAUAAAAAGUCCUCAAAUCAACAAUGACCCUAUAGCAUCAUAAAUUUGAUGAGACAUUUCUAUUGUGAUUUGACCAUUGAAAUGUAUGUGUUUAACCAAUUGUGCCAUUAGUUCUUAAAUGUCAUGACAUUACCUCAGCAAAAGCACUGAAGAGAGAGGGAGGAUUCUCUAAUUUUACAUCGUCUAUUCAUGCUUUGACUGUACAAAAUUGUGUAAAUACCAGACUUUGGAAUAUAUUUUUUUGACUGAGUUCAACAAAAUAGGGUGUUUUUGGUGCUCUUUUACGCUUGCUUAGUGAUGCUCCCUAUUUAAAUUUCAAUCUCAAAGCUAUUGUCUCUGCUCAGAAUUUAGACCUUUUUAGUAUAAUGUGUGAAGUAUAUGGGCCAAAAUCACAACAUCAUAAGAUAUCAUUAUAUGUGUUCUGAAAUAACUGUUAAAUCUAAUACCUUUGUCAUAUUACUGCUGGUGCAUUAACAGCAAAACUUAUAAAUGUACCGUAUUCACCUGAACGUAAAACCCCCCCAUAUAUGAGACCCAAAUUCAGCUGGGGAAAAAAGGUUGAUUUGGAAAAAGUCAGUUGAGUAUACAAGCCCCCCUUAGGGUUUUAUAUUUGUGUGAAUGCUGUACUCAAAUGGGCUCAAAAAGUUGCUUUUAUAUUUUUAGCUUAAAAAUUUUGCCCUAUCUGUAAUGAAUUUUACAGUAGAUAUAAAAUGGAAAAAGACAGAGAGAAUAGCAAAAUAUGCCUAUGACUUUCUGUUCUUAACAUAUUUUUGUCAUUGCUUAUUGUGUGGCAGGUAUCUGUGAAUGAUUAUCUGUGUUUUUCAAAUUUGUGUGGCUUUUUGUAGAAGAUCGAAAAGUAAUCUAGUUGACUUCUAUCCGAGAUGCACCUUUAACUGUUUUCUUGACCAAUGGUUGCAAUUUUAUCUUAUGGGAAAGAAAAACAUUAACAUUCCAAAUGUCAAAGGGGAGAAAACCAAACCUAUUUUGCGUAACCGGGAAGUUCAUUCAAACAUCUAAUAAAUUUAUUAUGCAGGUGGAUUAUGAAUGGAUUCUUUCAUUCUUCCCUGCAACCACAACUUUUUCUAAAGCUCUUUAUAUUUGCUGUGCUGUAGAAGGUAAACUCACCAGGGCAGAAACGUGCUGUAAUAGGGUUUUGUUCUGGGUGGAAUUAUAGUUAAUUUAAUGUCUUUCAGUAGAGCUACUGAAUUGCUUAACGAAGGUAAAGAAGCAACAAUGAGCAAUCAGACAAGCAAUGGCUGUGAUGUAGUUAUAGUUUCAAAUAAUCAUGAAAGAUGUUGGAAACAGUUAAGGGGGAUGUAAAUUUCUGUACAGAUAACCAUAAUGCCAUUUUGAUGUUGUUGACACAACUAUCUAGAAAACUUAAAUGUAUGAUUUUGUUGAGAAACUUAAAAGUAAUCAAAGAUUAAGAAGUCUUGUAAAUUAUAAAAUAUGUGUAUUUGGUAGUGAUGAAAUGUUAAGUGCUAGUCAAGUGUAAAUUAUUAAUCAGAGGCAACCUUCUGAUUUUCAAUAGUGUGUCUGUAGUGCUUCUAUAGGUGUGUCAUAUCAUUCAAUGUUAUUGAUACUAAAAUUUACUAAGACUCUUCUGCAACAUUAGGCCAACUCACAUUGUAAAUCCCCCCCUAAGUUCUUUUGCAUGUUUCUGUGUCCAUUGUGUCUCCAUCAUGUUUUUUUUAUCGGGAGUUUCAAAAUUGUUAAUUAUUACAGCGCGUUUAUAUUGAGAUGCUGCUUCCCUCUUCUCUAGAGAUCAAUCAUGGUUCAGUGAUGGAGAAUCAAAGUAUUUUGGAGGUGCUUGAUUCUGUGUUGCUUCAGCAUAAUGUCUGCUUUCAAAUAUUUCUAUUGUAUCACUCCUUUAGAACUCAAUAGUAGAGCGACCUAUCACAUUACGGAUACAAAGGGAGGAGAGCAAAUUUUGUGCUAUUCUAUAGUGCAACACAAUUUCUCACGAGUAGGGUACCACAACAUUUGCUUUUCGCCACCUUUGAUAUCCAAGAUCCAAAUUAAUGCCUCGUCCGAAAUACGUGUAGCUGCUCGCAUGUAAUUGUCACACAUAUUUGAAACUGCUGGAAGUCUGUACGUGAGGAUAACAUGUGGAUGUUUCAAAAAUGGCAUAAACACAAGUACGUAUAUCUUUUCUUAAAGUGUCAACUACUGUUUAAAUGCUUUGUUACUUUUCAUUUAUGUAAUAUAAAGAUUACUUUUCAAUCAACUUUACACUAUAGUUGAUUCUUAAAUGAUGUGUGUAAAUUUCCUACAGGGUUCUCUCUAUUUUUCCUCUUCAACAAAAUAUUUUUGCUGUUCUUUUGGUUUAAGGAUGUGUAUGUAUUACUGAAUUUCCAUAGACCGAGUGGAAAUUGAUGUUCAAUAUGAAGCAUACUCCCAAUUUUUUCUGUAUUUCAAUAAAAUUUAAUCAGUGUACUGACUUGUGGUACAGCAAUACAACAAAUAAAGAGAAAACGAAUA